UGGUACCGAGUUUCAAAAAUCAAAAUAAAAUAAAAACUGAACCAAUUUUUUCUUAGUUUAUAUAUAUCAUUCGAGUAAUUUUACUUCCUCUCUGUCUCUGUCUCUGUCUCUGUCUCUCCCUCACUUGAAAUUCAUGAGCAAAAGCAGCUGAUUUACACCUGAAUCAUCAGCAUCAGCAUCUCUGAAAAUCCCGAAACCCAAAUAUCAUUUCAGUCUCUCAGAUCAAAAUUCUGCUCUUCGUCAUGUUUCUAAAUUGGAAGAUACAUGUUUUCUUUUGGGUUUUUUUUUAUGGGCUGAGUUUGAAGAUUGAAUUCUUGCAGUUUUAAGGCUAACUUGAGGCCAGUAGAGGUUCUUAUUUAUGGGGUGUUUGAAGAUUGAAUUCAUGCAGUUUUAAGGCUUACUUGAGGCCAGUAGAGCUGUUGUUUCUUUGGUUUUCAGACUGAGAUUUGGGAAUGAUUAUUUCAUGUGAAGCUUGUUGAAUGGGGAUACAGACUAUGGGAUCUCAAGCUGAUGGUAGUAGUAAUGGCAAGCAGUCCCAGUUCCAGCCAUUGGCACGACAGAACUCUAUGUAUAGUCUAACUCUGGAUGAGGUUCAACAUCAAUUGGGCGACCUUGGGAAACCUUUGAGCAGCAUGAACCUUGACGAACUUCUCAAAAAUGUAUGGACAGCUGAGGCUAAUCACACUAUAGGUAUGGAAGUUGAGGGCACACAGUUGGCCAAUCAAACUGCUUUGCAGCGUCAGGCUAGCCUGUCAUUAACUAGUGCUCUGAGCAAGAAGACAGUUGAUGAGGUUUGGAGAGAUAUUCAGGAAGGCAAAAAUAAUGAGGGAAAGAAGUCCAGGGAUCGACAGCCUACUUUGGGAGAGAUGACUUUGGAGGAUUUCUUGGUUAAAGCAGGAGUUGUUGCUGAAGCGUCGUCUGAGAAAAAGGAUGACAGUCCUGUUGUUAGGGUUGAAACAAAUGUAGGAUCCCAGUUCCCACAACAAAGUCAAUGGAUUCAAUAUCCACAUCCACAAUAUCAGCAUCCACAACAAAGUAUGAUGGGUGUCUAUUUGCCAGCCCAAUCCAUGCCGCAGCCACUUCACAUGGGGGCUGGUGCUGUAUUGGAUGUUUCCUACCCUGAGAACCAGUUGUCUUUACCUACAUCUUUGAUGGGGACAUUAUCUGAUGUACAGACACCUGCAAGGAAAAGAGGCACACCAGAGGAUAUGAUGGAGAAGACUGUUGAGAGAAGACAGAAGAGGAUGAUAAAGAACCGGGAAUCUGCUGCCCGUUCACGGGCGCGGAAGCAAGCUUACACAAAUGAGCUUGAGCACAAAGUGUCUCGCCUGGAAGCGGAAAAUGAAAGGCUGAGGAAACGGAAGGAGCUGGAAAAGAUGUUGCCAUGUGCCCCCCUUCCUGAACCGAAAUAUCAACUUCGCAGAACAACAUCAGCCCCAUUCUAACAUAUAUAUCUGCGCGGAAGCUUGUGGAAGUUUUGUAGAUGUAACGUAUUUCUAGCUUGUGCUUUAAAUUUACGUUAAAGAGGAAAAAAGAAAAGCAAGUACUUUAUUGGGCUCUUCUUUCAAGGCAGCUGAUUAUUGCUUGUUCAUCUAGCAGUUGGCUUCUCUAUCAGUUUUUUUGUAUCUACUCUGAAAAGUUUAGCGAAGAUUUUACGGUGCAUUUGUAAUUUUUGCUGUUGGAUGCUGCUAAGAUUUGUCCAAAAUGUGUAUUUUCUUAGUUUUCUUUUCUUUUUUCUUUUGCCCCUUGCCGAUGGUCUGUAUAUGUUAGCUUUUUAGCAGCCAUGCCAUUAUUGUUAUUAAUAGCUUAGAUUAUACUGUCCAAGAACUAAUUUUUAUGCUCGUUAUCCGAGGUUUGACGGCUUUUUUAAUCUAUAAUUAUGUGGAUUUUCUGCAA